UAAUCUUUAGUAAAACCAAAAAGGUGAAGGAAAAUUAGAACCGCAGGCCUCAUUCUGGAUGAAGGUGAUUUACACUUACUCAAACCAGUUUACCACACACCCUCCGCCACUCCUCCCAUUCCCAAUAAUGUUCUAGAAUCAUCCUUUCCACUUCUCGUGGUUGUGGCCGCCGCUAUUUGGCCGCUUCCACCACUGAAACUCCUCCACAAUCAAUUCAAUCCAUGAUAAAUUCCCAUCACUACUGAAUUUUUUGAAAGAAUUAUGGGUACGGAUUCCAAUGGAUGGAACCGUGCUCGAGGGUUAGCUGUCAAAGCUCUCCUAUUCAUCGGUGGCGCUCUUCUCGUUAAACGUCUCCGUAAGUCCACCACUCGUCGGGACCAUGCUCGGCUAGUCGCUCAGUCCCUCACCGGCGAAAAGUAUUCGAAAGACCAAGCUUCUAGAGACCCUGAUAACUAUUUCAAUAUUAGAAUGCUUACGUGUCCAGCAGCAGAGUUAGUAGAUGGUUCAAAAGUUCUAUAUUUUGAGCAGGCUUUUUGGAGGAGUCCACAAAAACCCUUUCGCCAGAGGUUGUUAAUGGCAAAACCUUGUCCGAAAGAGUUGAAAUGUGAUGUUGAGUUAAGUACAUAUGCCAUUAGAGACAUGGAGGAAUACAAAAAUUUCUGUGAUCGGCCAAAGGAUCAGCGCCCGCAACCAGAAGAAGUCAUUGGGGAUAUUGCAGAACAUUUGACAACAAUACACCUUAAGCGUUGUUCACGUGGAAAACGUUGCUUAUAUGAAGGUUCAUCCCCACCUGGUGGAUUUCCUAAUUCAUGGAAUGGAGCAACCUACUGUACUUCAGAAUUUGCAGUUAUGAAAAACAGCGAGAUACACACAUGGGAUCGGGGUUAUGAUGACGAUGGAAAUCAAGUUUGGGGACAAAAAGAAGGCCCUUACGAGUUCAAGCCUGCACCAACCUCCUGUUUCAAUGAUACGCUCUCCCCCUUGAGUUUACCACCUCCACCACCCAUGGAUAGAAGAAUAGAGGGUUCAUUUAUUUUGCAAGAAUGAAAGUGUUUUCAUAUAAUCAUCAUUUGUAAUUCUGUCACUUUCUAUCUGUCAAUAUAAUAUUUUUCUUUCUCAUAAGUUAGUCAUUACUACCUUGUCAAUAUUUUGAUUUCAAUCUACAUAUUAAAAGCCAUAGCCAAUAAAAGAGCCGGUUUCUUCGUUUUUC